UUUCGACCUCUACCCUACCUUACUACUUACCUUUCGUCGCAACCAUCAUACGCCUUCCUUUCGGUACUCGUAAUCCAUAUUGAAGAACAAUACUGUCAAUCACAGGGCACACUACCACACAGCCGCAACCAUGGACUCUUCAAGAUCAGCGCUCGAGAACUCGGACCUCGACAAGCUCAACGACAAGGACAAGCUCGAGCUCCGCCAAUUCCUCGCCAACGAGCAGCAGAGAUCUCAGAUUCAGUCACAAACCCAUGCCCUCACCGAGAUUUGCUGGAAGAAGUGCGUCAGCGGCUCGAUCCGUGGCUCGAAGCUGGAUAAGGGCGAGGAGGGAUGCCUGGCCAACUGCGUUGACAGAUUCCUCGACGUCAACUUCCUCACGAUGAAGCACCUCAACAACAUGCGCUCCGGUUAAAGGGGUCGGGAGGGACUGACAGAGGAUCGCCCAUGCUGGAGAAAACAGAAAACGGAACGCUUGGAAACGGCAUACUAGAACGGGAAACGGUAGACCGGAUUAGAAAGGAGCGUAGGAGAACUUAGUAUUGAAGUCGCUCAUGUACAAGCAUAUGUAUAACUAUGUUACUAGAUAGAAUGGCAAACCAUUCGUCAUACAACGCCAUCUGGCACAUGUCAC